AUGGAGAUGGUAAAUGUGAAAUUAUCUGAUUUGAGCCGGCCAGGAUUCCAUGAUCACUUGUGCAUGAAUAUGGAAGGGCGCCGUGAUGAUGCUUUGGCUACUAGUAAUAAGUGCGUGAAGAGAAGGCGAAGAAAUUCAUCUGCUCCUGCACUAAGCUGCAGUAAUAUUCUAGGGGACCAACAACAAAAGCAACCACAGGCCGUGGCUGACGAAUCCACCACCACCACUACUACUACUACCAGUACUGGUGUGAAGAAAAGUUCAAGAUUUCGUGGAGUCAGCAGGCAUAGAUGGACCGGACGUUUUGAAGCUCAUUUAUGGGAUAAGGGAUCAUGGAAUCCAACCCAGAGGAAGAAGGGAAAGCAAGGAGCUUAUGAUGAAGAAGAAUCUGCUGCAAGAGCCUAUGAUUUGGCUGCCCUAAAGUAUUGGGGAACAUCAACUUUUACAAAUUUUCCGGUAUCUGAUUAUGAGAGAGAAAUUGAGAUAAUGAGAACUGUAACAAGAGAAGAGUACUUGGCCUCGUUAAGAAGGAGAAGCAGCGGGUUUUCAAGAGGUGUAUCCAAGUAUAGAGGAGUUGCCAGGCACCAUCAAAAUGGGAGAUGGGAAGCAAGGAUAGGGAGGGUUUUUGGUAACAAGUAUCUCUACUUGGGCACUUACAGUACCCAAGAGGAGGCUGCUCAUGCUUAUGAUAUUGCAGCAAUUGAAUACAGAGGCAUUAAUGCAGUAACGAACUUCGACCUGAGCACAUACAUCAGAUGGCUAAGACCAAGUUCCAAUUCUCUUGCUUCCCAAGAACCAAAACCAAGCAUAGAGAGUCAGCAUAAUAUGUCUGCUAACCCUGUUCCGAGCAUGGGUAUGACCGAGCAGUCGAUCUUUCACUUCAAUACCUCGACGGUUGAUGCAUUGGAGAUGAACACGCUUCUUCAAAAAGAGGAAGUUUUCCAGAGUGAAGAUCCCAUUAGUCCUAGCAGCUAUUCAUCAUCCCCAACUGCACUUGGCCUUCUCCUGAGAUCUUCACUAUUUAAAGAGCUCAUGGAGAGGAAUCUGAAUGCCAUUGACAAAGAAUCUGAAGAAAAUGACACGAAUUUUCCUCGGUAUGCAGGCAUUGACAAUGGGGUCGGGGAGAAUUUUUGGCUAUGA